AGGCCCUCGCCUGUCCCGUCCCAGGUCGGCCCCGGCUCUAGGGAGGGCGGCCCGGAAGCGGUGCUCGCCGGCGAUGUGGGGCAGCGAUCGACUGGCGUGUGCGGGGGGAGGCGGGGUAGCCGUGACAGUGGCCUUCACCAACGCUCGCGACUGCUUCCUCCACCUGCCUCGGCGUCUAGUGGCCCAGCUGCACCUGCUGCAGAAUCAAGCUAUAGAAGUAGCCUGGGGUAACCAGCCUACGUUCUUAAGCUGGGUGGAAGGCAGGCAUUUUAGUGACCAAGGCGAAAAUGUGGCUGAAAUUAACAGACAAGUUGGUCAGAAACUUGGACUUUCAAAUGGGGGACAGGUGUUUCUCAAGCCAUGUUCAUGUGUGGUAUCUUGUCAGCAAGUUGAGGUGGAACCCCUCUCAGCAGACGAUUGGGAGAUACUGGAGCUGCAUGCUGCUUCCCUUGAACAGCAUCUUCUAGAUCAAAUUCGAAUAGUUUUUCCAAAGGCCAUUUUUCCUGUUUGGGUUGAUCAGCAAACUUACAUUUAUAUCCAGAUUGUUUCACUAAGGCCAGCUGCCACCUAUGGAAGGCUGGAAGCUGACACCCAACUCCUCGUUCAGCCAACGGCACGCCAAACCAAAGACAACACACUUUCAAAAGCAGAUGAUGCACAAGGAAAAUAUCAUAAUUAUGGAAGAGACCAAGAAAGACUGACAAAAGAACUUCAUACCAAACAACUUCAGUCUAACACUGUGGGAGUCACUGCAUCUAAUGGAACGGAUUCAGGACUUACAAUGGAGUCAUCAACACCAAGCUUAUGGACUAUGAUAGGAAGCAUUUUUUCUUUUGGCUCUGAGAAAGAACAAAAGACUUCCUGGGGUUUAACUGAAAUUAAUGCAUUCAGAAAUAUACAGUCAAAGGUUGUUCCUCUAGACAACAUUUUCAGAGUAUGUAAAUCUCAGCCUCCCAGUGUAUGUAACACCUCAGCAACUUCUGCAUUUCGGAAACACUGUGCCAUUCAUGUAUUUCCAUGGGACCAGGAAUACUUUGAUGUGGAGCCCAGCUUUACCGUGACCUAUGGAAAGUUAGUUAAGCUUCUUUCUCCGAAGCAACAGCAAAGUAAAACAAAGCAAAAUAUCCUGUCCCCUGAAAAAGAGAAGCAGGUGUCAGAACUAUUGGAUCAAAAACAAAUUAGCUCAGACCAUAGUCAAGAUGCUGGUAAGACCUGCGUACUAAAGGUAGUCUGGAAUGGACUUGAGGAACUGAAGAAUGCCAUGAAAUACACCAAAAAUAUAGAAGUUCUCCAUCUUGGGAAAGUCUGGAUUCCAGAUGACCUGAGAAAGAGACUAAAUAUAGAAAUGCAUGCAGUCGUCAGAAUAACUUCAGUGGAAAUUACCCCCCAAAUUCCAAGAUCUCUAAAAUUACAACCUAGAGAGAACUUACCUAAAGAUAUAAGUGAAGAAGCCAUAAAAACUGUGUUCUAUUCAUGGCUACAACAGUCUACUACCCCCACACUCCCUUUAGUGAUAUCAGAGGAAGAAACCAUUAAGCUGGGAAUUAAAGAUGGGCUGAAGGAAUUUUCUCUGAGUAUAGUUCAUUCGUGGGAAAAAGAAAAAGGCAAAGCAAAAAAUAUUUUUCUGUUGAGUACCAAUCUGCUGCAGAAAGCCACAAUACAAGUCCUUCUAGAUCCUAUUGUUAAAGAAGAAAACAGUGAGGAAAUUGACUUUGUUCUUCCUUUUUUAAAGCUGAAUUCUUUGGGAGGAGUGACUUCCUUAGGCAUAUCCUCCAUGGAGCACAUCAUUCACAGCCUCCUGGGACGCCCCUUGUCUCGGCAGCUGAUGUCCCUUGUGGCCGGACUUAGGAACGGCGCCCUUUUACUCACAGGAGGAAAGGGGAGUGGAAAAUCAACUUUAGCCAAGGCAAUUUGUAAAGAAGCAUUUGACACAUUGGAUGCACAUGUGGAAGUAGUUGACUGUAAAGCUUUGCGAGGAAAAAGACUUGAAAACAUACAAAAAUCCUUAGAAGCCGCUUUCUCAGAGGCAGCAUGGCGGCAGCCAUCUGUCGUUCUGUUAGACGAUCUCGAUCUCAUCGUUGGCCUGCCCGCCCUCCCUGAACACGAGCACAGCCCUGAUGCAGUGCAGAGCCAGCGCCUCGCACACGCAUUAAACAAUAUGAUAAAAGAAUUUAUUUCCGUGGGAAGUUUGGUUGCACUGAUUGCCACAAGCCAGUCUCAACAUUGUCUGCAUCCUUUACUUCUGUCUGCCCAAGGAAUUCACAUAUUUCAGUGCUUCCAGCGUAUUCAUCCUCCUAAUCAGGAACAAAGAUGUGAAAUUCUGCAUAGUAUAAUAAAAAAUAAACUGGACUGUGAUAUGAGCAAGUUUACUGAUCUUGACUUGUACCUUAUAGCUAAAGAAACAGAAGGCUUUGUAGCUAGAGAUUUUACAGUGCUUGUGGAUCGAGCCAUACAUUCUCGUCUCUCUCUUCAGAGUAUAUUCACCAAGGAAGAAUUAGUUUUAACAACAUUGGACUUCCAAAAAGCUCUCCAUGGAUUUACUCCUGCAUCCCUGCGAAACGUCAACCUCCAUAAACCUAGAGACCUAGGCUGGAAUAAGAUUGGUGGAUUACAUGAAGUUCGGCAGAUACUCAUGGAUACUAUCCAGUUACCAGCCAAGUACCCAGAAUUAUUUGCAAACUUGCCCAUACGACAGAGAACAGGUGUACUAUUGUAUGGUCCUCCUGGAACAGGAAAAACCUUACUAGCUGGGGUAAUAGCACGAGAGAGUGGAAUGAAUUUUAUUAGUGUCAAGGGGCCAGAAUUACUCAGCAAAUAUAUUGGAGCAAGUGAACAAGCUGUUCGUGAUAUUUUUGUUAGAGCACAGGCUGCAAAGCCCUGCAUUCUUUUCUUUGAUGAAUUUGAAUCCAUUGCUCCUCGAAGAGGCCAUGAUAAUACUGGCGUUACAGACCGAGUAGUUAACCAGUUGCUGACUCAGUUGGAUGGAGUAGAAGGUUUACAGGGUGUUUAUGUGUUGGCUGCCACUAGUCGCCCUGACUUGAUUGACCCUGCCCUCCUUAGGCCUGGUCGACUAGAUAAAUGUGUAUUUUGCCCUCCUCCUGAUCAGGUGUCGCGUCUUGAAAUUUUAAACGUUCUCAGUGACUCUCUGCCUCUGGCAGAUGAUGUUGACCUUCAGCAUGUAGCAUCAGUAACUGACUCCUUUACUGGAGCGGAUCUGAAAGCUUUGUUCUACAAUGCUCAGUUAGAGGCCUUACAUGGAAGACUGCUCGCGUGUGGACACCAAGAUGGGAAUUCCAGCUCUGACAGUGACCUGAGCCUGUCUUCGAUGGUUUUUCUCAACCACAGCAGUGGCUCUGAUGAUUCAGCUGGAGAUGGAGAAUGUGGUUUAGAGCAGUCCCUUGUUUCUCUAGAGAUGUCUGACCUACUUCCAGAUGAAUCAAAAUUCAACAUGUACCGGCUCUACUUUGGAAGCUCUUACGAAUCAGAACUUGGAAAUGGAACCUCUUCUGAUUUGAGCUCACAGUGUUUGUCUGCACCAAGCUCCGUGACUCAGGAUUUUCCUGGAGUUCCUGGGAAAGAUCAGUUGUUUUCACAACCUCCAGUGUUGAGGACAGCUUCACAGGAGGGUUACCACGAACUUACACAAGAACAAAGGGACCAACUGAGGGCAGACAUCAGCGUUAUCAAGGGCAGAUACCAGAGCCAGAGUGGAGAGGAUGAAUCCCUUAAUCAACCAGGACCAAUCAAAACUAGUCUGGCUAUUAGUCAGUCUCAUUUAAUGACCGCACUUGGUAACAUGAGGCCGUCCAUUAGUGAAGAUGACUGGAAGAAUUUUGCUGAGCUGUAUGAAAACUUUCAAAAUCCUAAGAAGAGAAAAAAUCAAAGUGGAACAGUGUUUCGACCUGGACAGAAAGUAACUUUGGCAUAAAAUAUAUGUCUGAUUUUUGUGUGUGUGUGUGUGACUUGUAACAGUAAAAAUUGUGUCUGUAAAAUUUCUUUUUAAUUUAACAAAUCAGGUUAAUUUAUAAAAUCGCAGAUUGGUAAAUGCUGUGAUUAUGUAAUGAUCAAUAUAACUUGAGAUUAAUGCUUUAGAAAAGUUUGAUAUUUAUAACAGAUGCUGUAUUUUAUUUCCUAUAAAAGUCUAUAUUAACUCUUUAAUGAAAUAGUAAUAGCCAAAUGGUAUGACUAAUUCAUUUCUCCUUUUAAGAAAAAAUAAUACAUAUAGUAUCUAAUUAAAUAUAUUUUUGAAACUCACCGGUAGUUGCAUAUUCAGCAUCUUUUUAGCAUUUAACAAAUUUUAUGUAUAGCAAAUUCUUGACUGUUUUGGAAAUAAAAUAUCCUAUUAUUUACAGAUCAUAUUAUCUGUUGUUCUUAUAUCAGAAAGUGCACUAUUUACACACAAUUCACAUAAAUUUAAUUAUCACCUCACCCAGAAAUGAGGUCAUACCCCCUGGCAUACUACAUCCAGCUCCAAGUCUAGGAUCUUUGAGUGACGUCUAGAUUCCAUCAUGAUUUUAUCUAGAUAGUCUCCAGUCUGUGAACUACAAUGUGAAGUCAGCUACCACCAACACAAACUAUGUGUAGUAAUGGAGUAAGGAGAAAGGAAAAAGAAGGAAGUUAAUUAAAAUACAUAAAUAAAUAAAUACACAAGACAGCAAAGGACAUAUAGGCAGUAAUCAUUGUCCUUUCUACAGUUAACCAUGAGGCCAUGGCUGGGCCAUGCCUGGAAUUUUUGACUUCCAUGUUCCUCUGACUUCAGCCAGCACCUCAGUGAAUUAGAGUGCUUUACUAGGUUGUCGCUGGUAGGUGCCAUCAAGUAGGUCCCAAGUCCUAGCAUACUCUAUGUAUAACAGAAUGAAACGUUGCCCAGUCCUGUGCCAUCCUCAUAAACGUUGCUGUAUUUGAGCCCAUUGUUGUAGCCGCUGUGUCAGUCCAUCUCGUUGAGGGUCUUCCUCUUUUUCGAAGAUCUUCUACCAAGCGUAAUGUCCUUCUCCCGGGAUUGGUCCCUCCUAAUAAGAUGUUCAAAGUGUG